AUGACAGCAGAUAAAACAUUCAAUAGCUAUAUAGAUUUAGGUGAUCUUACAGAUAAGAAUAUAGGUCAGCUCAAGUUGCUCAAUUCUUCUGUUUUGCCUGUCAGUUACGAUGAGAAAUUCUACAAUAAAUUAUUACAACCAAACGGUUUCAUUACAAAAUUGGCAUAUUUCAACGAUAUUGUAGUUGGUGCUGUUUCUUGCAGAAUCGAUCAAGCAGGAAAUGAACAAUCAUUAUAUAUUAUGACUUUUUGUGUAUUAGCAAAAUAUAGAAGUUUGGGAAUAGGUAAAAAGUUGUUAGAGUUUGUUGAACAAACAUGUAAGAAUACCUAUUCAAAGAUUACAUUGCAUGUACAAAUCAACUCAGAGGCAAUCGAGUUUUACAAGAAAUAUGGAUUCACCAUUGAUUCUACCAUUAGCAACUACUAUCGUGAUAUCGAACCAGCUGACUUAAAAUCUAGUUUGGCAGGUCUUGCAAUUGGAGGAGUGUUUGGAUAUGCAUUGCAACGAUCGAAUGUCUAUUUGCCAUCGGUCAUUCAGGGUCAAAUGGACUUUAGUGAUUUCACAAUGUUAAAGAUGUUCAUGACCGCCGCACUCACCAGUUCACUCUCAAUCACCUUGCUAGACUAUGAACGUUUGUUCAAGGUUGAACACUUGCCCGUUAUGUGGAAGCGUAAUUUGAUCGGUGGUCUUGUUAUGGGUGCCGGUAUUUACUUGACCGGUGCCUGUCCGGGAACUGUACUGGCACAGGUCGGUGCCGGUUUGCCAUCGGCUUACUACACAUUCUUGGGUGGAUUGGCUGGAAGUGCUCUCUACUCCUAUUGCAAUUCUCUGGUUGAGAAGAUACUACCAACUGACACUGCUGACAAAAAACCGGCACUCGAUCAGCGAUUGGGUGUUCCAUUGGCCAAAGUAACGAUUCCUUUCGCAACAGCGUUGAUUGCCGUCCUCGCAGUCCUCGAAAAGUUCGUACCAUGGACAACUUCCAGUAUUUCCAUUCUCCAAUCGUUCCAGACCACCAGAUGGGCACCGUACGCUGCCGGUUUGGUUGUUGGUUUGUUACAGAUUCCAUCGUACAUCCUUGGAAAGAACGGUUUGGGAACAUCAUCUGCUUAUGUCACCAUGUCAUCAAAGGUGUGCUCAUUACUCGAGACCGUUUCAUCGUCUUGCUACUUUAAGAAAUUCAAUAGUGGAAUUCGUCAAUUCUACGGACCAGCACUCAAUAUCGGUAUGAUCUUGGGUGCAUACUAUUCAUCGCAAACCGCUUUGGUACCAGCAGCCGCUAAACUUUUGACACACUCGCCUCUCUACUACUUUGGAUCGGGUGCUAUUCUCUUAUUUGGUGCUCGUUUAGCUAAUGGAUGCACAUCUGGUCAUGGAUUAACAGGAAUGGCCAAAAUGGAAAUUGCUGCUUUAUUUGGAGGAGGUAUUGCCACUUGUUAUCUAUUAAAAUAA